UUUCCUUUUGAAGAAAAGAAACCUCCAAAAGGGAAGUCUCAAUAGUUGGUAGUGUAGUGGCGCAGAAAAACUAGAACGCGAUUCCAUGGAGGUGUUAGUGAUUAGUUGAAGUCAUAAGCCAUGACGAUAGGCAUCAUUGUUCAUUACCUUCUCUUUGGACUCAAUAUCUCACAUUAUUAGAUGAUUCAAUUCCCAUGCACACACCCACUUCAACAUCUUCAAACCUUCCGCAACGUUCUCAAAACUUGCAUAGCCCAAAGAGACCUCAUCACAGGCAAAGCCCUUCAUGCCCUUUACCUCAAGUCCCUCAUUCCAGCCUCAACCUUCCUCUCCAACCACUUCACACUCCUUUACUCCAAAUGUGGGUCCCUCCACAAGGCCCAAACCUCAUUCCACCUCACCCAAUACCCCAAUGUCUUCUCCUACAACACCCUUAUCAAUGCAUAUGCCAAACACUCCCUUAUCCACCUUGCCCAGCAACUGUUUGAUAAAAUUCCCCAGCCAGACUUGGUGUCUUAUAACACCCUUAUAGCUGCUUAUGCUGAUAGGGGUGAGUGUGGGCCCGCUUUGAGGCUCUUUGAGGAAGUUAGGGAGGCUGGUUUGGACCUUGAUGGGUUCACGUUGUCGGGCAUGAUCACCGCGUGCAGUGGUGAUGUUGGGUUGGUGAGGCAGCUGCAUUGUUUUGUGGUGGUGUGUGGGUAUGAUUGUUAUGUGUCUGUGAAUAAUGCGGUUCUUGCAUGUUAUAGUAGGAAGGGGUUUUUGGGUGAGGCAAGGAGGGUGUUUAAGGAGUUGGGGGAGGGUGGGGGCAGGGAUGAGGUGUCAUGGAAUGCGAUGAUUGUGGCGUGUGGUCAGCACCGGGAAGGAAUGGAGGCAGUGGGGUUGUUUAGGGAGAUGGGUAGGAUGGGGUUGAGGUUUGACAUGUUUACUAUGGCUAGUGUUUUGACCGCAUUUACUAGUGUUAAGGAUUUGAUUGGGGGGAUGCAGUUUCAUGGGAUGAUGAUUAAGAGUGGGUUCCAUGGGAAUUCUCAUGUUGGGAGUGGUUUGAUUGAUUUGUAUUCUAAGUGUGCUGGUGGCAUGGUGGAAUGUAGGAAGGUGUUUGAAGAGAUUUCUGCACUGGAUUUGGUUCUUUGGAACACAAUGAUCUCUGGAUUUUCGCAGUAUGAAGACUUGUCUGAAGAAGGUCUUUGGUGUUUUCGGGAGAUGCAGCGUGAUGGUUUUCGUCCGGAUGAUUGUAGCUUUGUGUGUGUGACUAGUGCUUGCUCUAAUUUGUCAUCCCCCUCUGCGGGUAAACAAGUCCAUGCAUUGGCAAUCAAAUCAGACAUUCCUUAUAAUCUUGUUUCGGUGAAUAAUGCUCUUGUUGCAAUGUAUUCUAAAUGUGGGAAUGUUAAUGAUGCAAGAAGGGUGUUUGAUACAAUGCCGGAGCAUAACACAGUAUCAUUGAAUUCAAUAAUUGCAGGGUAUGCACAGCAUGGUGUUGAGGUUGAGUCACUCCGGCUCUUUGAACUGAUGCUGCAAACGGGUAUUGCUCCUAACAGCAUAACCUUUAUAUCUGUUCUUACUGCAUGUGCACACACUGGAAAAGUUGAAGAGGGUCAGAAAUAUUUCAACAUGAUGAAAGAAAAUUUUGGUAUAGAACCGCAAGCAGAACAUUAUUCAUGCAUGAUAGAUCUUCUGGGUCGGGCAGGGAAAAUCAAGGAGGCUGAGAGGAUUAUUGAGACAAUGCCAUUUAAUCCCUGUUCUAUUGAAUGGGCUGCUUUGCUUGGUGCGUGUAGGAAGCAUGGAAAUGUCGAGCUGGCUGUGAAAGCAGCCAAUGAGUUCAUCCGGCUGGAACCGUGCAAUGCUGCUCCGUACGUAAUGCUUUCAAAUAUGUAUGCUAGUGCCGGCAGAUGGGAAGAGGCUGCAGCAGUUAAAAUGAAAAUGCGGGAAAGAGGAGUGAAGAAGAAACCAGGUUGUAGUUGGAUUGAGGUAGAUAAGAAGAUGCAUGUCUUCGUAGCUGAAGACACUUCACAUCCAAUGAUAAAAGAGAUUUAUAAGUACAUGGGGGAGAUGUUAAAGAAAAUGAAGCAAGCAGGGUAUGUUCCAGAUGUAAGAUGGGCAUUGGUGAAAGAUGAAGAGGUAGCAGCAGAUGAGAAAGAAAGAAGGUUAUUAUAUCACAGUGAGAAGCUAGCAGUUGCAUUUGGCCUUAUCUCCACCCAAGAAGGGGUGCCUAUACUGGUUGUGAAGAACCUAAGAAUUUGUGGCGAUUGCCACAAUGCCAUCAAACUUAUUUCAGCCAUCACUGGCAGGGAAAUCACGGUUAGAGAUGCUCACAGGUUUCAUUGCUUUAGGGAUGGGAGCUGUUCUUGCAGGGAUUAUUGGUGAUAACUGUUAAUGUAAUCAACGGUGCCACACCUAAUAAUCAACGGUGCUUCUUCGGAGGGAGCAUGAAUUAUAAUUUGAAAAAUGUUUUAUAGAUACUCAUGAAACUGUCUACACCCAGGGAGAGAAAGAGAUAGAAAAUUGAUAGAUGUGAUAGGAAGACAGAGAGAGAGAAAUGAGAGGUUUUGAUGGGUGUUAACACUGUAGAUGUUUAUGAAUCAUAGUUGUUGCAAUUUAUACUGCCAUAUUGGUUGUAUACCUAGCUAGCAGCUGAGGUUAAUGUAAUAAUAGGUCAAAUGACCAGUGAGUUUUCGAAUAUCAACAGAAUUUUAUCAAUACGAAAUUACCAAUUGGCAAU